AUGAACCUGGAGGGCGGCGGCCGGGGCGCGGAGUUCGGCAUGAGCGCGGUGAGCUGCGGCAACGGGAAGCUCCGCCAGUGGCUGAUCGACCAGAUCGACAGCGGCAAGUACCCGGGGCUGGUGUGGGAGAACGAGGAGAAGAGCAUCUUCCGCAUCCCCUGGAAGCACGCGGGCAAGCAGGACUACAACCGCGAGGAGGACGCCGCCCUCUUUAAGGCUUGGGCACUAUUUAAAGGCAAGUUCCGAGAAGGCAUCGAUAAGCCGGACCCUCCCACCUGGAAGACGCGCUUGCGGUGUGCUCUGAACAAGAGCAAUGACUUUGAGGAGCUGGUGGAGAGGAGCCAACUGGACAUCUCAGACCCCUACAAAGUGUACAGGAUCGUCCCCGAGGGAGCCAAGAAAGGGGCCAAGCAGCUGGCGCUGGAGGACCCACAGAUGACCAUGGGCCACCCCUACACCAUGACGGCUCCCUACACCUCGCUCCCAGCCCAGGUUCACAACUACAUGAUGCCGCCCCACGACCGCAGCUGGAGGGAUUACGUCCCCGAUCAGCCACACCCAGAAAUCCCCUAUCAAUGUCCCGUGACGUUUGGCCCCCGCAGCCACCACUGGCAAGGCCCAACCUGUGAAAACGGUUGCCAGGUGACAGGAACCUUUUAUGCUUGUGCCCCACCCGAGGCCCAGGCUCCCGGGAUCCCCAUAGAGCCAAGCAUAAGGUCUGCUGAAGCCCUGGCGCUCUCAGACUGCCGCCUGCACAUCUCCCUGUACUACCGGGAAAUCUUGGUGAAGGAGAUGACCACGUCCAGCCCCGAGGGCUGCCGGAUCUCCCACGGACACACUUACGACGCCAGCAACCUGGACCAGGUCCUGUUCCCUUACCCGGAGGACAAUGGGCAGAGGAAAAACAUCGAGAAGCUGCUGAGCCACCUGGAGCGGGGCGUGGUCCUCUGGAUGGCCCCCGACGGGCUGUACGCCAAAAGACUGUGCCAGAGCAGGAUCUACUGGGACGGGCCUCUGGCCCUGUGCAGCGACCGGCCCAACAAACUGGACAGAGACCAGACCUGCAAGCUCUUUGACACGCAGCAGUUCCUGUCAGAGUUACAAGCGUUCGCUCACCACGGCCGUCCGCUGCCGAGAUUCCAGGUGACCUUGUGCUUCGGGGAGGAGUUCCCAGACCCUCAGAGGCAGAGGAAGCUCAUCACGGCUCACGUAGAACCUCUGCUAGCCAAGCAACUCUAUUAUUUUGCUCAGCAAAACAGUGGACAUUUCCUGAGGGGCUACGAUAUCCCUGAACACAUCAGCAGCCCGGAGGAUUACCACAGAUCUAUCCGCCACUCUUCCAUUCAAGAAUGA